AUGGGCGACGAGAAUGAUCUUAAGCGUGAUGUCGAGACUACCGGUCAUGACUUUGAGCUCGGGCAGGUGCUCGCGGUGCAGUCGACGCCCGAGGAGGAGCGAAAAGUCUUGCGAAAGCUCGACUUUGUGUUGAUUCCACUGAUGGGAUUCGCCUACUUCCUCCAGUUCCUCGACAAGCUAGUUCUGAGUCAAGCGACUCUUUUCAAUUUACGCCAGGACCUGAACAUGCACGGCAAUCAGUACUCUUGGACCUCCGCGAUCUUCUACUUCGGUUACCUGGCAUGGAGUUUCCCGAGUUCCUACGUGAUCGUUCGCCUUCCUAUUGGGAAGUACCUUUCCGUCUCGGUGUUUAUCUGGGGUGGUAUUUUGAUGUGCCAUGCUGCCUGCUCCAGUUUUGCGGGACUCAUGGUAGCUCGGUUUUUCCUCGGAGUCGGUGAAGCUGCUAUUGCUCCCGGCUUCACUUUGAUCACCGGAAUGUUCUACAAGCGAGAAGAGCAGCCAGUUCGUCAAUCGGCCUGGUUCUUCGGUAAUUGCAUCGCUGUUCUAUUAGGUGGUUUGAUUGCCUACGCCAUUGGGCAUAUCAACUCCUCGGCCAUGGCGCAUUGGAAAUUCUUGUUUUUAAUUCUGGGUGCUACCACAUCGGCCUACGGUCUGGUCUUGUUCUUUUUCUUGCCCGACUCACCUGUUAAGGCUGUUUUCCUCAAGGAAAAUGAGCGUGCCAUUGCCGUUCAACGAACACUGAAGAACAAGACUGGCGUUUUGGAUAAUGAUAAGUUCAAGUGGUCACAGGCCCGUGAUGCCCUAACCGAUCCCCAAACAUGGUUCCUGGGUUUGAACUCAUUCACGUCAAGUUUGUGCAACGGCGGGAUUACCACUUUCGCGGCCAUCAUCACAGCAGGAUUUGGCUUCAGCGACUUCAAGUCCCUCCUGCUGCAGAUGCCACUAGGCGGCGCAGAAAUUGUCUUUCUGAGUCUCACCUGUCUGGCCACCACAUUUAUCCCAAAAUCCCGUAUCAUCGCGAUGAUUCUGAAUACCAUGGUCUCCGUUGUCGGUCUCAUCCUCGUUUGGAAAUUGAAUCCCAAUAACCAAGCUGGCCGAACGGUCGGCCUAACUCUAGCCGUUGUAUACGCCAUUAACAUGCCUAUCUCCUUGAGUGUGGUCACGUCGAAUGUCGCGGGCUUCUCCAAGAAGAGUGUCGUGAGUGCACUGGUGUUUGUUUCAUACUGUGUUGGAAACAUGGUCGGGCCCCAGUUCUUCCUUUCUUCGGAAGAGCCUUCGUACCCGACGGGCAUGAAAGCGGCCAUGUCAGGUUUAAUCCUGAGUAUUGGCUUUCUCUUCGCCCUUUACCUGUACUAUACGUAUGAGAACCGUCGACGCGAUCGGCUGUAUGGAUCGGCGGAGACAAUCACUGUGGGAGCCGAGCUUCAGGAUGAGCUGUCUAACAAGACCGAUAGACAGAUUGAAAGUUUUCGCUAUAUUCUUUGA